AUGGAGUGGGAUCCUAGCCAGUUCUUUCGUCCAGGUGGUCAUGUCUCGCCAUAUGCCUUGCUGGUGUUGAACCAGCCAAUCAACGAAACGGCCUUUGGGGUAUUAAGUGAACAUGCUUCCUACAUCAUCUGUGCCGAUGGCGGGGCAAACCGUCUAUAUGAAAUGCUGAAGCACCAUGGGAAAGAAUCAACAGUUCUCCCAGACAGGAUCAUGGGUGACCUAGAUUCUCUCAAACCAGCCGUGAAAGAGCACUAUCAAAAGCUCGGCGUCCCAAUCAACAAAGACCCAGACCAAUAUUCAACAGAUUUCACCAAAUGUCUGAAAUACCUCAACGAAAACGCAUCAGAGAUCAUCGCAACACCCCGCAAGCAGGCGGAAAACGCAACAAAUGCCCAGAACAACGCAGACUCCGACGUCAAAUUGGAAAUGGUCAUCCUGGGCGGCCUUGGCGGCCGCGUUGACCAAGCAUUCUCGCAAGUUCACCAUCUAUACAUGAUGACGCAGACGCAGCGUGAAAUACGCGAAUCUCAACAAGGCGGCCAAGAUAAGGAGAAUAACGAGUCAAAGCCAAACCCGGCUGCGGGUGGUAAUCUCUACCUCGUUUCCGAAGAAAGUAUUACAUUUGUUCUUCAGAAGGGGAAGAAUAUAAUCCACACGCCGGCUACCAGACGCCCCCAGGCUGAUACCCAGCAAUCAGAAUGCGAUGAAACGCCCGAAUCACGGAAACGCAAGCGGAGCCAGGAACCGGGCCGGGACUCUGUCACUAACAAUGCUGAUGAUUCUCCGGAAUAUCUAUUCGAAGAAAAUAUCGGUAUCAUCCCACUCUCGGCACCGGCGUGGAUUACCACGCAAGGCUUUGAAUGGGACGUGGAAAACUGGCACACCGAGAUUGGAGGACAGCUUUCGACAAGUAAUCACAUUCGUGCUGAUGUGGUCUCAGUCGAAACGUCGGUGCCGGUACUCUUCACUGUUGAAUUGGCGGAGAGAUUGAAACGAUGA